UGCCUCCCCAAACAGUCUGCUAGCAUGCAGCGACGCCAUGCCGCAUGGCCGUGGCCGCGUGCAGUCUGCGCGCCGAGGGCCGGGAGCCCGUGGCUGCCGUGCUGCUUAUAUUCUACUACAGACACUCGUGCCUCCCCCAGCAGUCUGCUAGCAUGUAGCGACGCCAUGCCGCAUGGCCGUGGCCGCGUGCACUCUGCGCGCCGAGGGCCGGGAGCGCGUGGCGGCCGUGCUGCUCAUAUUCUACUACAGACACUCGUGCCUCCCCCAGCAGUCUGCUAGCAUGCAGCGACGCCAUGCCGCAUGGCCGUGGCCGCGUGCAGUCUGCGCGCCGAGGGCCGGGAGCGCGUGGCGGCCGUGCUGCGCGCGCUACUGAUCGCGCAGCUCGUCGUGUCUCUGUGCAUGCUCAUAUUCUGCUAUAAUGCGGCAUUGACUGUGGUGAUGCUGCUGAAGGAGAUACAUAAGCUAACAGCCCUCCUCCUCUACGGCCUGGUCCUGCUCCAAGCGUACGCCAUGAAGCUGCAGUACACGGCGGGGCUGCGCCUCAUCACGUGGCUGCUGAAGUUCCCGGCGUGGGGGCGCUGCGCCGCGCUCACCCGCGCCUGGACCGCGGCCGGCAGUCUUGUAGCGGCUAAUGGGAUGCUGGUGACGGCUGCCUGCCAUAGCACCGUGAAGGCGCUGAUGACGGAGCUGGCGGCGUCGCUGCGCGUCGGCAUCUCGCAGUACCUCACCGAGCCCACCUGGAAGCGGCUGCUCGACACCAUGCAGGUGGAGCUGAGCUGCUGCGGCAUCGAGCGCGCGAGCGACUGGCACGAGAUCCCCUGGAUCAACAUGGACUUCCUCAACGAACAGUCGGACCUCGUCAUGAAACUGGCGGGCGCGGACGGCAAGAUCCUGCCCCCCGUGGCGCCCUACUCGUGCUGCUCGCCGCGCGUGCUGGCCGCUUGCUACCACGACCCGCUGCAGCAGGCUAUUGAGGAAGAGUGGCGCGACGCAUGGUCAGAAGGCUCGCCACUACUCUCAGCCUCACUGCACGCUCGCGGCUGUGUGGACGCCGUGCGCGCGCCGCUGACCAAGGCACUGCUCGGGCUGAAGUACUUUAAUAUACUGUGCUUUAUAUUGCAGAUAUUCAUAGUGAUCUUGUCUCAACUCCUGCGCACGAGUGCGUGCGACGCGGCGCUGCGCGGGGACGCGGGGGGCAGCGGCCGCGGCGCGCUGAUUGGCUCGCUGCGGUGCGAACAGAGACAGCAGUGCACAACCAAGCCCGAGCUAGAAGUGGUCUCCAGCCGCGCGGACACGUCGCCGCCGGGGCGGAGGCGCGCCACGCGCAGGCGCCGCCGGCGGGACCAGACGCCCAGCUACCCGUAUUUGUCGUGACGACAAAUCAAAGGCGGAUGGUCCCUACGGUUAUGAUAAUGUAAAUAGUUCUGUAAUUUAUGUAAGUACUGACGUAACUUAGGUAUUUAUGACGAUGUGAAUAAUUAUAACGUUAAUUAAAACAACAUACUUUUUU